GACGCGAUGUAUACGUACGCGACGAUUGCACAAUGCAAUAAGAUGAAUUCAGAAGCUAGGCAUUGUAAAAUAGUUUGAAGAGAAAACGAAGGCAGGGCAUUGGAAUCGUUAUCGAAUUAAGUUGCCGAUUUAGUUGACCCAAGCUCGAAGUUGUUCCAGUUUAUGGAGGCUUUUGUGUUGGCAACUUUACUUGAGUCCGCACAGUGGUCCGCACACGGUUAGGAAAUUGGUGAUCGAAUUCAGAGAAACCAUGGAGGUUUCAACGGGCUCCUCGCUUGUCGAGAAAUUAACGACAGCUUUUAAGAAUGAUAACGACUUGAUUAAGGAAUGUCAAGAUAUAGCCUCAGACAUUGAAAAAGGCGAAAUAAAACUUUUGGCCUUUGUUGAAGAACUAGGGCCAUUCCUCACUGAUAAAAAUGUUACGUCAAGAGCUCAGGGUACAUUAGCUCUUUCAACGACUCUAAUGCAGUUACCAAAAAACUUUCUGAAUGAAACCGAACUCAACUUUGUGACCACAUUUUUAUGUGACAGGAUGAAGGACAACUUUGAAGUCAUUCCUGCCGUUUUACAGGGUGUUUUGGCCAUAGUUCAAAUGAGUCAUUUACCACAGGAUUCGCCUUCCAGAUUAUUUAGUGUCAUGUUCCAACACAUUCACUGUCAGUCACAAUUGCAGCCUAAUAGAAGAAUUAUAUAUUUGAUAUUUCAAACACUGUUAGAGACUAGGGCAGACGAUCUCCGAUCCAUGGGUCCUGACUUCAUAUAUGGGGUGAUAUCGGCUAUGGAUGGAGAACGGGACCCAAGAAAUUUGAUGCUACUGUUUAAAAUACUCCCCAAAUUUAUAAAAGGAUUUCCACUUGGGCACCUAACGGAAGAAAUGUUUGAAGUCAUCGCAUGUUACUUUCCUAUUGAUUUCAAUGCUUCUGCAUCAGAAGGAGGCCACGCAGUCACUCGUGAAGAUUUGGCAUAUUCCUUAGCUCCUUGUCUCUAUGCCAUUCCGGAGUUUGCAGAAUUUUGUUUACCUCUUAUAAUCGAGCGAUUAGACUCAAGUUUAAAAUUAGCUAAAUUGGAUUCAUUGUAUUUACUGCGCAACGGUGCAUUCACGUUUGGACCAACAAGAUUGCAGCCGCAUCUUGACGAAUUGUGGCCAGUUCUGAGGAAAGAAGUAUAUCCUGGAGGAGACAUUGAGAUGAGAAACGCAGGGCUUGAGACUAUUACAGAACUAGUCAAAGUAUUGUCCAAAGAUAAUGUUAUACAAGGAAGAUUUGUUGAGAAAGUUAUCACAGAUACUAAAUCGUCAUUAUGCGAUGUACAGUUGAGUCUAUUUUGUCCAGCUGAAAAAUUGUUGGAAGCAGUUGCGAGAGCUGAUAAGAACGCCUGCUCGCAAGUUUUAAAAACCUUUGUACCAUUGUGUCUUGGACAAUACUCGACAAAAACUUCUUAUGUCGACAGAGUCAUUUUGACGGAAAGUUUGAAUAACUUAUUGGCAAUAUGUGAAGAGCACGAAUUCACAAUCAAAAAUGUGCCUGAACUUGCUUGGGCUGAUGUACCAAUGUUAUAUCUAAAUGCUCUAAACACCGAUAAUAAAGAACUAAAACUCAAGACGAUAUCUGGAUUGACGAUACUAAAAUCAUCACUAAACGAUGCCGCACGCCAAGUUCUAUACACAAAGAUCUGCGAAAAUGUGAAUGCUGAAGAAAAUGAACUGAAAAACGUUUGUCAUCUAUGUCUCGUAAGUUUCGCUAAAAUUUAUCCAAAGGAAAUUUUCGGGGCUGUAAUGGAACACCUGGCAAUUGAUGAUGCAAAUAUAGACACUACAACAUUGACCCGUAGACUGGAAGCUUUGUGCGCAAUAGCCAAAUUGCCGGAGUUGGGACCUGAAGUCUUACAAAAUGUAGUAUCAAUCGCCACCUCAGAUAAACUAGAAAAGAGUAUCGCUGCUUUGUCUUGCUUGCGAAAAGUUGUUGCUUUCAAGAGUAAUUCUUUUAAUGUACAAAAUUUUUUGUACAAAGAUUGUAAUAUCAUCGACGUUCUAGUGUCAACUGAUACAAACGGUUCUUUUAAAAAAUUAAGUCUCAUUGCAUCGAUUUGCCGAUCAAUAGUUAGAAAAUUGGAGGUCAAGGAUCAACAGAUAAUUGUAAACAAAUACGCUCGACUUCUUUCUGAAAGUCUAUCGGAAAAUAAUGUGGUUUUAUUGGACGGACUCCUGUCCGGUCUACAGAGAAAUGUUAAUAUCGAGAAUACUGUAAACUUAUUAAAAAAUUUAUCACAUCUUGCAAUCAGUGGUAGUAAUUUAAGCUCUAAACAGAUAUCAAGCAAAUUGAUAUCAGUAUUGAUUAAUAAGCAAAAUGAGGAUGAAAAUUUACGAUUGAUUUUAAAUAUGUUGAGGGAACGUAUAAAAAGCAUUUUAGCGUCUGAUGAUUCUAAUAUUUCGCCCAAAGAAUCAGUUAUUGUGUUGAACACGUGGCUCACUAAAGCUUUGGUUGUUAGAGGGAGUCAAAAUUCACAAGAUUAUUUGGAUUUUCACAUCAAUUUACUAAAAGACAUGGAAGUAGGUCACAUCGUCGCUGAUGGUUUCAAAACUCUUUCUGACAGAUUCGAGGAUACUUUGUCAGAAGAUAAUUACUGUAAUGUUAAAUUAUUCUAUAAACAAAGGAUAUUUCAGAACACGAUCCAAAAGAACCAUGAUUUUCAUGGUCCAGCUCGCCAAAACUAUUUAGUUGCCUUGAUGCAUUUAGUAGAUGAAGUCCCAAUGGAGCUGAUACUCAUGCAUUUAGAGCAGCUCGUACCAAUGUUGAUAGAAUCUAUUGCACUAGGAACCUCACAGUUGAUAUUGUCAGCAUUGGUGACAUUGAAGGCAUUGCUUGCAACAAAACACACUAUUUUCUCUGAACAAUUGCAACAUUUUAUUCCUAAAUUCUUGAAUUUGACUAAAUACAAAGAAAUGAAAAUUAGGACUGCAGCAUUGGAAUGUUUAUUGUGUUAUGCAUUUUAUCCAACCGUGUUAAUCCUGCCUUUCAAAAUGGACGUUCUGGAGCAAUUAGCUGAUGCCAUAGAUGAUAAAAAACGGUUGGUCAGGUCCAUAGCUGUGAAGACAAGGACUCGAUGGUACCUUGUUGGAUCACCCGGAGAGCCAAAGUAGCCCUAAGUCGUGCCUUGUAUAAUAUUACACUCAACAGGAAGGAUUCAAUUCACGACCACCUUGUCUUUGUUUUGUACAACUGCACAAUACACGAACCCAGUUUCUUUUGCAGAAAAAAUUGUACGACCCCACACAUGGAUACUUCAGUAAUUGUAAAGCUGCAAGCCAGUGUCUGAUGGUGGUGUCUGAUUUGUUAUUUGAUUGGAAGUCACGGAUAAUUUUAGAUUUUACGAGCUGAAUUAUAUUUUUUACAAUGACCAUCUAGUGAAUUUCUAAUUCUUUCGAUGUUCUUCCUAAGUUUGUCUACUAUUGAAACGAUUAUUAAAAAUAUUUUACACUUUUCAAAA